AUGGCUGACAAGUCUCCCAGCAUCCAAAAUCUCAUUGAGGAGCUCGGGUUUCCUCCAAGCGAACAUCAAUUCUUGUUACGUCUUUUCGGCUCAUCCGACCCAUUUGCUGGGCUUCCUGGUACAGAUCUAGAGCCCAGUCACAGUCGAUAUCAAUCUGCCCAACUCAGUUCUACUAGUAUUGCUCGCAGAAUUGCAUCUACUAGGCUCUGGCAAGCUAUUCCUCCGCUUAGUGGUGAACGUGCCAAUCAAUUUCAUCUACCACCCACCCAUCGUCGUCCUAGUGGCUUGCGCGAAGGUUUAGAAGACAGAGACCUAGUUCACUACGAAGAAGAGGGGACUUCUCUCAUCGCAACCGAUUCAGAAUCUCUGUUUUCCGAGUUACUGCAACGGGCUGUAUCAGACGAGCAUCCCUGCCUUGAGUCCUCUGUGCCCCCUGAGCACAAUAAGGCAUCGGAUAACGUUGCACACCCUGAAUCCGUUGGACCUCCGAGCCCAUCAGUCUAUGAUAGCGAAACAGGUGAGCCGCCCGACUCUGUUUUCAAACUCAACGAGACCUUUGGAACCCAAGGCAAUUGCAAAACAUCCCAGGACCCGAGGACUUUAAAGGAACCUGGGAGCUUUGAUAAACUACUUGAAUCAUUUCCAAUACCUCCCAGUCACAACCAAACGGUCGGGGACCAAAGUUUCUCCCGCGUUUCUUCUGACUCCAAACGAGUGCUACCGAAAGACAGUGCCCAGGCUAACACCUCGACUGUCUCCAGUAAUCAUAUCAAAUCUGUGACCAGCCCACCUCGGGUUUCCCGAUUUUCCGAAGAAUUGGAUAAUAAUAACCCGAUCAGAGAGCAAGGUUCUUCCAACGUUUGUGCCAAAGCUAGUACAUCUGCACUCGACACCAGUCAGCCUGGGAAUAACUUAACUAGUUCUUCUGGAAUCCCUCUGUCGUCUACUAUCGAUAUUCCAACCAUCGUUAACACUCGGAACGUUUCUUUUCGGGUCUCUUCCCUGUCCCCCAGGGCCUCUUUCAGAGAGCUACAUCCCCCCAUCGGCCAUCACCAGAGACAACAAGCGAGGCUUCACAGCUCCCACCAGGCCCAGAAUCGCGCAUAUAAGUACACUGCUUUCCCUGAAUCUCCCCCACGAGUUCGUCCGUUCAGCUACGUGGUCAGAAGGCAGCGCUCAUUGAAGCCUAUCUUUGAAGGGCGCCCCACACCAACAGCCUCCCCUCGAUAUUACCAAAAGACGCCUCUCCGUAUAUCUUCUCGUCCGUCGGCAACCUCUUUCGCCUCAGGGAAAAGGAGCGCACGAAAGUGCAAGAAAGCCUUGAAACGUUUUGUUAAGAAGGUCAAACAUCUACUUUGUCAACCCCAUAAACGCCCGGGCACUUCAUCCACAUUCAAUCAUUAA